AUGUGCAGCGACUGCGUCGCCACUGGUAAACGGGAUAUCCUCCAGAAAUGCCUCAACCAGCGAGUCUCUAUGAUCUGGUACGAUGAGUGCAUGUUACGGUACUCGAACGAGUCCGUGUUCUCGGUCAUGGAAGAGGAGCCUGUUUUUACGAUGUCCUACGCCGGGAACAUCGCUAACUCAGCCAAGCUCUUGCAAGUACUCGGUGACACCAUCAAAGACGUCGCCUGGAGGGGUUCGGGAAACAGAUUCGCAACUGCGGAAGCCAAUGUUACCGCGUCUGAGAAGCUGUACACGAUAGCGCAGUGCCCGCCGGACUUGACGCCGUGGGACUGUAACACGUGCCUCCGAUCAGUGAUUCCGCGUGUUUUCCUGGGGAGGCCAGGAGGGAGGAUUUUCACCCCGUGCUGCAACGUGACGUUCGACAUUUACCUCUUUUAUAAUGAGGGCCCCGUGCCGGGCCCUCCUCCCGAAGGUGCAAAUGAAAUUACAACUGCAAAGUCCUUGCAAUACCAUUUAGCUGCUAUACAAGCUGCCACAAACAAUUUCUCUCAUCAAAACAAGUUGGGACAGGGUGGAUUUGGUGAAGUUUUCCGAGGUAGGCUUCCGAAUGGACAAGAAAUAGCUGUGAAGAGGCUAUCUAAAAGUUCAGGACAAGGUGUUGAAGAAUUCAAGAAUGAGGUUGUUUUGGUAGCGAAGCUGCAACAUCGAAACCUUGCGCGGCUACUUGGGUUUUGCUUAGAGAGAGAAGAGAAGAUACUUGUCUAUGAGUUUGUUCCAAACAAAAGUCUUGACUACUUUUUAUUUGAUCCUGAUAAGAGAAGGCGAUUGAAUUGGUCAAGACAUUAUAAGAUAAUAUCUGGAAUUGCUCGAGGAAUGCUCUAUUUGCACGAAGAUUCUAAGCUACGUAUCAUUCAUCAUGACGUAAAACCAAGCAAUAUUCUGUUAGAUGGUGAUAUGAACCCGAAGAUUUCAGAUUUUGGCAUGGCUAGGAUUUUUGAAGUUGAUCAAACUCGGGCAAAAACUAAUAGAAUUGUGGGGACCAUUGGUUACUUGUCUCCUGAGUAUGCAAUGCAUGGGAAAAUCUCAGUGAAGUCCGAUGUCUAUAGUUUUGGGGUCCUAAUCCUAGAAAUCAUUAAUGGCAAGAAGAAUAGCGGCUUCUCCCAAUCAGACGGGGGUGAAAAUCUUGCCAGCUAUGCGUGGAAGCAUUGGAGAGCUGAUACACCGCUCGAAGUGUUAGAUCCGUUCAUUGGCGACUCAUAUUCAAUCGAUGAAGUGCUUAGAUGCCUCCACAUUGGUUUACUGGGUGUUCAAGAAGAUCCAGCUGAUAGACCCACAAUGGCAAGCAUAGUCCUUAUGUUCAGCAGCCACUCUGUUAAAAUUCCACAGCCUCGAAGACCGGCCUUCUUCCUUCGAAGGAGCACGGAAAGACAGCUGAAAGAGCUCAAGUCGGACGAAUCCGCCAGUAGGUCUAUGCCGUGGUCGAUCAAUGAAAUGUUGGGAUCAUUACUGAACAAUCAACAAGCACCUAUGCUUUUUGAAAAUAGGCCUGCUAGUUGCCAUGGGAUCAUGCGCAUGGUACAUAGUGGCUUCUCCUAUCAAGGAACAAACACAACUAUACCGAAUUUUCAAGUUCCUCACUUGUUGUUUGCUUCCACCGUUAACGCCCAAGAUCCCUUCCAAACCUCGGUCUGUAACACCACCGGCAACUUCACCGCGGACGACACCUACCUCACCACCCUCACCACACUCCUCUCCUCCUUCUCCACCCCCAGCUCCUCGUCCCUCGCUUACGGCUUCUUCAAUGAUUCCGCUCCCGUCUCCGGCACCUCCGAAACCCUCUAUGUCAUCGGAUCUUGCCGCGGAGACCUCACUGCCGAGAGCUGCCGCCUCUGCCUCAGUGGCUCAGCCCUUGAAAUCAUCGGUUUAUGCCUCCACAAGAAGGGGGCGGUCCUCUAUAAAGCGAACUGCACCGUCCGGUACUCUAACGCCUCAAUCUUUGGCAUAGCCACAGUUGAACCUUUCUUCGUGUUGUACAACGUGAACAACGCCAAGAGCCCAGCCAUGUACAACGCGGCGCUGACGCCGCUGCUGGUAGAUCUGCAAGGCAAAGCGGCGACUGGUGGCUUGCAGGGGAAGUACGCGACAGGGAACACAUCCGCGGGUAUCGACAAGAUCUAUGCAAUGACACAGUGCACGCCGGACCUCACAGUGCAGCAAUGCAGCGACUGCCUCGGGAACCUCACCGGAAAGUUCGGACUCUGCUGUACCGGGAAGAUAGGAGUCAGGAUCAUGGCGCCGAGUUGCUGGAUCCGGUACGAGACCAAUAAUCUGUUCUUUGACCCGGUCCGUGAGCCACUUCCGCCGCAGUCUGCACCGCCGUCGCCGGAGGCAGAUGCGCCGCCUCCUCCACCAGCCGGUAGGCCCCCGCCGGAGUCUCCAAGGCUGUCCCGUGUCACCCCCGACCGGAUAGGCGGAAGGAGAGAGAGUGGGGGUGCGACUAAGCUGGAGGUGGAGGUGGAGGUGGAGGCAAAGGCGGAGGGGUGUGGAGUUAAGGCUGAUUGGGGGCUAGGCGAGCACCAAGCUGCGUCGGGGAAAAAGCAACAAAUCUACUGUGAUUACCAUCGCCAUUACUCUUCCGCUUGGAGGUGUCAUGGUGCAAAUGAACUUACCACUGUGGAGUCCUUGCAAUUUGACUUGGCUACAGUACAUGCUGCAACAAAUUAUUUCUCUCAUGAAAACAAGUUAGGUGAAGGUGGAUUUGGUGAAGUUUUCCAGGGUAAACUUCCUAAUGGAGAACAAAUUGCGGUGAAGAGGCUAUCUAAAAGCUCAAGACAAGGUGAUGGAGAAUUUAAGAAUGAAAUUUUAUUAGUUGCGAAGCUUCAACACAGAAACCUUGUACGAUUGCUUGGAUUUUGCUUGGAAGGAGAUGAAAAGCUACUGGCCUAUGAGUUUGUGCCAAAUAAAAGCCUUGAUUACUUCUUAUUUGAUCCCGAAAAAAGGAGACAAUUGAAUUGGCCAUUACGUUAUAAAAUAGUAUCAGGGAUUGCUCGAGGAAUACUCUAUUUGCACGAAGAUUCUCGUCUCCGGAUUAUUCAUCGGGACCUAAAAUGUAGCAAUAUCUUGUUAGACAAUGAAAUGAACCCAAAGAUUUCGGAUUUUGGCAUGGCAAGGAUUUUUGGAGUCGAUCAAACUCAGGCUAGCACAAAUAAAAUCGUGGGGACUUUUGGUUACAUGUCUCCAGAAUAUGCAAUGCAUGGAGAGUUCUCAGUGAAAUCCGAUGUUUAUAGUUUUGGCAUACUACUUCUAGAGAUCAUUUGCGGCAAGAAAACAACUUCUACCAUCAACUGGAUCAGGGUGAAUAUCUUGCUAGUGUGGAAGCAAUGGAGAGACGGCCAGCCCACGGAAGUGUUGGAUCCGGCUAUUGUGGAUUCAUAUUCAAGAGAUGAGGUACUUCGAUGCCUGCACAUUUGCUUACUGUGCAUUCAGGAAGAUCCAGCUAUUAGACCCACCAUGGCAACCGUAGUUCUCAUGCUCAGCAGCAAUAACUUUAACCUACCAUCACCUCAACAUCCAGCCUUCUUCAUCCAAAGCAGAUUGCGGGGACUGAGCAUCCCAAUGGAAGAGCUUGACUCAGACCACUCCACCAGGAGGACUAUGGCUUCGUCGUCCAAUGGCAUGUCAUUAACCGAAUUGUACCCCCGGUGAAUGGUGGUGACACCGAAAUCCUUCUUGACGGAUGGUCUUGCAGUGAGAAUACUUGGCCUUUCACCGAGAUUUUUCAUGAACAAAAGCAAAAAUCUAUGUAUGUGGAGUAUAAGCUGUUAAUUGCUCAAAGGGGCUCAUGUGCUAAAAGAAGACUCCAUACAUGCAAUUCAUAAUAGUUAUUAAGAUUAGUAUAAGGUUUUGUUACAA